AUGCAAAGAUGCAGUUCUCCAGAUUGGCAAGUGGUUGCUGAAGCAUGGUCAACUCUUGAAGAUAUUGAAAUUGCUGGAGUUGUGAUGUGUCUCAGGGAUGGUAAUGGUACUGAGGCUGGAUUAUUAGGGACAAGUGCUUCUGCCAGUUCAGCUGCAGCAUUGGAGUUGCAUUGUCAAAUGAAGAAGAUAACAAGAGAUCACAACCACCAGGUAUUUGGAUCUAUGAUGAAGGAGAAGUUGAUAAUGGUGCUCAAAGGUCUUUGCAGUAGGGUUGAAGUUGGUGAUCCCCAGAAAAUCAUCUGGCAGUGGCUUCUUGAGUUCAUUAGGAGGAACUCUCUCAUCAUAAUCAACUGGCCACUUGGGGUGCCUCCACCAGGCCCUGGUUUUGAGUACAAGAAACUCAAAGCUGAUGCUCUCUGCCAACUUGUGGUACCUUAUCUGCAGAGAAAACUAGGCUCGAUGUGCAAUGGACAAUCUGAUGACAAUGAUGACAAGAAAAAUAAUUGUCUGGAUGGUGUGCUGGAGGUCAAAAUCAAACCCUGGAAUGAAGGUAUUGUAUGUCAUGAGCAAAGAGAUGCACACCCAUUAAAGGGAGAGAUUGCACUGGUCAAGGCUCCUGAUGGCAUGGUUUUGUGCAAGGUGUCUGAUGAUCCUGAGUGGCAGAAGUCUCAUGAGGAAGAGGAUCCAGGUAUGGUGGCACCUCAUGCACAGAGUGGAAUCCAAUUUCCAUUGCACAAGCAGGCUCAUGUGGAUGUGACAGAUAAUGAUUCAGUUCCUUGUGAGGACCCUGGCCCUUCUCAGCAGUUUCCACCAUCUUGGCAUUAUGAGGUAUUACCACCUGCCCACUGUGGUUUGGGGCAUUUCCCUCUGUCCUGUCAGAUGUAUCACAUACCAUCUCACCCUGACCAUCAUGUUUACCAUGAUGCUCCAUACAUCUCUGACUACUACCCCCCAGCCCUGCCUACAGCACAGCAAUGGGUUGACAGAGGUAGUGCUGCAAAGUAUGAGGACAAAUUUCCUGAAGAUUACUUAGAUUAUUAA